GGGCGGAGCCUGAGGUGAGGUAAUAGGUCAGGUGAUAAGAGCGACAAGUUAUGUGGCUGCGGCCGAUAGUGUUGUUAGGCGUAGUAGGGAGCAGAGGACUAGUCAGAAGUAUGUGUGCUCAGGCAGCGGGAGACUGGAAAAGCGCAAAGUCUAUUUACGAGUUCUCUGCCAAUGACAUUGAUGGGAACGAGGUGUCUCUGGAGAAAUACAGAGGACAUGUUUGCAUCAUUGUAAAUGUAGCCUCUAAAUGAGGAAAGACGAAGGUAAACUACACUCAGCUUGCGAAAAUGCACGAUUCGCUCGCUGAGAAAGGUUUACGUAUCCUGGGCUUCCCAUGCAACCAGUUUGGAGGGCAGGAACCGGGGACAGAUGAACAGAUUAAAGAGUUUGCCAAAGGUUACAAUGCAGGCUUUGAUCUUUUUAGUAAGAUUGAAGUAAACGGUGACAAUGCUCACCCUCUGUGGAAGUGGAUGAAGGAACAGCCCCGUGGCAAAGGAUUCUUGGGAAAUGGCAUCAAGUGGAACUUCACUAAGUUUCUCAUAGACAAGGAGGGGCAGGUGGUGAAGAGAUAUGGUCCCGCUGAAGAUCCAGAGGUGGUGGAGAAGGACUUGCCAGCGUACAUGUAAUACUGCUUUGUGUUGCUGUUUCCUGACCUCUCACGUGGACCUCCAAGGGUAUCUGUGUGUGUGUAUCUGGGCCAGUGACGGACCUGUCCGUAAACCCAUCUUUGGGGUGGGCAGGGCCUGAUGACCCCCAUCGUGCAACUUAUUUCCAGAGAGCAUUCACUUGAAACCUUGUGAAGACCACCUGAGAGGCCAUUUGCCAAACGACACAGCUUUCAUCCCACUAAGAAGAUCCAUUCCAUUAUUAUCCAGUAUAAAUGGCAGCACUCCACCCGUCCAUCUUCUGAGUAAGAAGUAGUCCUGCUUGUUUUCAGCAAGUUGUGUGAACGCGAAUGCCAUCAAUAAAUUAGUACAGCUACUGAUAAUUUAUAGUUUACUUAGCACUUAUCGAAGUUUCUUCUUAUGCUGGUAAUUUAUGGGAUAAAAUUACAAAAUAAUACAAGCAAUAAUAAAAUGUUGUUCUGAACAAUUG